UCGAUGCCCGCUCGCUCUGCGCUGCAGCGGCCACCAGCACAUCCCUUCGCGUACUGGCGGGCAGCGGCUGCACCGUGCCUCCUCCGCGGCAACCUCGCCCGGCGAGCGGAGUGCCGCAGCGCACGCCCGAGUGGCCGCUCGCUGCCGUCCGCGGCCACCCUGCGCUGGCUGUGGGCUGCGCCCCAGCCGCCUUCCGUACUGCAUCGCUGCGGGCGCUGCGGGCGCCCAGUGCUCUGCAACGCUGCGGCGGGCAUGGGAUAACCCGGCCAUGGUGCGCCGAGAUCGUCUCCGCAGGAUGCGGGAGUGGUGGGUUCAGGUGGGGCUGUUGGCUGUGCCCCUGCUCGCGGCGUACCUGCACAUCCCGCCCCCUCAGCUUUCCCCUGCCCUUCACGCAUGGAAGGCUUCAGGCAAAUUUUUCACAUACAAGGGACUGCGCAUCUUCUACCAAGACUCUGCAGGUGUGGUUGGAAGCCCGGAGAUAGUUGUGCUUUUACACGGCUUUCCAACAUCCAGCUAUGAUUGGUACAAGAUUUGGGAAGGUCUGACCUUGAGGUUUCAUCGAGUGAUUGCCCUUGAUUUCUUAGGCUUUGGCUUCAGUGACAAACCGAGACCACAUCAUUACUCCAUAUUUGAGCAAGCCAGCAUCGUCGAAGCGCUUUUGCGGCAUCUGGGGCUCCAGAACCGUAGGAUCAACCUUUUGUCUCACGAUUAUGGAGAUAUUGUUGCUCAGGAGCUGCUCUAUAGGUACAAGCAGAAUCGAUCUGGGCGGCUUACCAUAAAGAGUCUGUGUCUGUCCAAUGGAGGUAUUUUUCCUGAGACUCACCACCCUCUCCUACUCCAAAAGCUACUCAAAGAUGGAGGCGUGCUGUCACCCAUCCUCACACGGCUGAUGAACUUCUUUGUAUUCUCUAGAGGUCUCACCCCUGUCUUUGGGCCGUACACUCGGCCCUCUGAGAGCGAACUGUGGGACAUGUGGGCAGGGAUCCGCAACAAUGACGGGAACUUAGUCAUCGACAGUCUCUUACAGUACAUCAAUCAGCGGCAGAAGUUUAAAAGACGCUGGGUGGGAGCUCUUACCUCUGUAAAUAUUCCCAUUCAUUUUAUCUAUGGGCCAUUGGAUCCUGUUAAUCCCUAUCCAGAGUUUUUGGAGCUAUACAGGUGAGUCUCCCUCAGAGGUCUUUGUUUUGUUAGUAUCUCAUCCUGACAGUGGUGAACAGAAUUACCUGUGGAGGGCUGUUGCCUAUAGCCACUGUCUCUGACCUCAUGGGCUGUUGAUCAGGAAACAGAUCAUAAAAAGAUGAGUUGGGGAAUCUUAUUCUUACAAUAAACUUAAACAUC